GUCUGUCCGGGGAGACUCCGAGGGAAAGUCGGUCAGAGAUGGAGCACCAGGAGGAGCACAGGCCGGGAGUGACGGGGCCCCGCUGCCCGAGGACAUGAGCCUGUUUCCCGCAGAGAGCCCGCCGCUCCGCCGCUGGGGGAGGAACAUUCAAUCCAGGAGCGCCAUGCAAUCCCACAAUCCUCUGCUUCGUCAAACCAGAACCAUCCUUAGUAACCUCCACCUAGCAACUGCCUAGCAACUGCUUAACAACCGCCUAACGACAGCAUAGCAACCGAAACUCUGCCUAAACAUUUUCAACACAUUUUUGUCAUAUUUUUGUAAGAUUUUUCUGCACUUUAACUUUUUUGUAAUUUUUUGCUAAUUUUUUAUGUUUUUCUGUUAUAUUUACUUUAUAUUGUUAAACAACUUAAUUUUGUUCCAUUUUCAAAGCCACAUCUUUUUACAGGGUUCAUUUCGAAAAGUGUAAUUUUCCUUUAAACUUGGAAAACGCUGGAUUAUUUUUUAUUUUAGAUUUUUGGGCGUGACGUCGUUUGUGUUUGACUCUUGUGGAGUUGUGCAUCUGUUUUUCUGAAGAGCAGUGUUUUGUGAAUGCUGUCUGGAAUCUACUUUAACUUUAUUGGGAAAUUCUUUAUACACAUCUAUUUUUGUAACAUCUAGAUUUUAUAACAGAUUUAUUUUGACUUUUGUGGAGUCUUUUUGGAGUUUCUUGGAAUUCUCAAGUUUCUACAGUAGAUUUUUGGGAGUUGGUUGUCUGGACAUUGGGAGAUUCUGUUUAUUGUUUUUUGUCAGACAUUUUGAGCCUGUUUGUCAGCCAUCUUGAGGUGUUCUCUGGCGUUCUCCCUUGUUCUCCGGCAUUCCUUGGUGUUCCCGGCAUUCCACUCUGGACCAUGAUGUUCCGCGACCAGGUAUCCGUGCUGGCCGGGUGGUUUAAAGGGUGGAAUGAGUGUGAACAGACGGUGGCGCUGUUGUCGCUGCUGAAGAGGGUGAGCCGGACACAAGCGCGCUUCCUGCAGCUCUGUCUGGAACAUUCUCUGUCCGAGUGCAGCGAGCUCAUCGCCGCAGAGACAGACGCCAACGACCCAGUGGUGAUCAGCCAAUGGCACAGCGAGUCAAAGGAACGAGCCAUCUCAUUGGUCCUGUCUCACCUGCCGCUGCUCAAACCGGGAAACUCGCAAGCGAAGGGCGAGUACAUGCGGCUGCUCCCCUGGAUCCUGGCACAGACUAUCGAGUCGGGGCGCCACGUGGAGGAAUCACGCCAGCUCCUGUCGUACGCCCUCAUCCACCCAGCCACCUCCAUCGAAGAUCGCUCUGCCCUCGCCCUCUGGCUCACUCACCUUGAGGAGCACGCGGGACGGGGAGACAGUCUGGAGAGGUCACCCCACAACCAGAGCUCUGGAGGGGGGCAGAAGAGUCAGCCCUACCCCCAUACCCAGAGCUCCGGAGGGGGACCAAAGAGCCAGCCAUACCCCCAGACACAAGGCUCCGGAGGGGGGCAGAAGAGCCAGCCCUAUCCCCAGACCCAAAGCUCUGGAGGGGGGCAGAAGAGCCAGCCUUAUCCCCGUUAUGGCUCCGAGGACCGGCUGAACGGCUGGCAGCAGCAGGGGAUGCAGUGGAGCUCUGAGAACGGGCACCUGUUUCCCUCCUCCUCUGUGCCAGCCGCCAUCAACGCCGUGGGCACCGGACCAGCGGGGGCAUUGUCCCCCGCCCCGCAGCACUCCCCCCUGAAGCGUUCGGUCUCCCUCACCCCUCCCAUCUGCUCAUCACAGCCUACGGGGGGCGCUCUGGGGCAGGUGUGGCUGUCUCAGGAGGACCUCCGCAGACCUCCCGAGCACGUGCCCCUCUCCCCCCAGAGCAGUGUGGCGUCGUCGGGCAGCGGGGGCAGCGAGCCCCUGGACGAUCUGGGACUGGGUCUGACCCGAGGAAGCUUCCAUGAGGAGGGCAGCGGGAUGAGGGACGUGCCGCAGUGGUUGAAGAGUCUCCGUCUGCACAAAUACGCCGCUUUGUUCUCCAGCCUCACCUACGACCAGAUGCUGAAUCUAAGUGAGGAGCAACUCGAGGCACAGAAAGUGACCAAAGGCGCACGGCACAAGAUUGUGAUCAGUAUCCAGAAACUGAAGGAGCGACAGAGCCAACUGCGAAGCCUGGAGAAGGAAGUGCUGGAGGGGGCGAUUCUUCGGGGCCCCCUACAGGAGCUGCACCAGAUGAUCUUGACUCCUAUCAGGCCGUUCACCUGCGACACAAGCCCCGCCCCCGGAGCGCACCUGUCCCACCUGAGCGGGGGCGGGGCCAGCGGAGGGGAGGGGGAGUCUGGAUCCAGCUCCAUUGCUGAGGGCGACCUGCCUGCGCAAUUCACCCGCGUCAUGGGCAAAGUGUGCACUCAGCUGCUCGUGUCUCGCGCCGACGAAGAAAACCUGAGUCUGUAUCUGCAGCUGCUUGACAAGUGUCUGCUCCAUGAGGCCUUCACAGAGACUCAGAAGAAGCGUCUUGUUUCCUGGAAGCAGCAGGUCCAGAAACUGUUCCGCUCCAUCCCCAGAAAAACUUUGCUUGACCUCUCGGCCUACAGGAGGAGCGCUCGAGGCUUCGGUCAGUCGAACUCUCUUCCCUCGGGGUCUCUCGGGGCUGGGCCCUCAGUGCGGAGGGGACUCAGACAGUACCAGAUGCCCUCCCGCAGUCUUCCAGGGGCCCGGCUUGGGCUCCUGCCCAGCACCGGAGCUCUGCUGGGGGCCACAGCGAGGAGCAGCACCCCCACUGGCCGACAGGGUCUGUGGUUCGCUAACCCCGGAGGCAGCAACAGCGUUCCCAGUCGCUCCCACUCCUCAGUUACUAGGACACGCUCUUUGCCAGUGCCCCAGAGCAUGCAUCUGCUGCAGCACCCAGAUUUACAGCAGACGCCGAUGGAGCCCGACAUCAACAACCGCCUCGAGUCUCUGUGUCUGAGCAUGACUGAGCACGCUCUCGGAGACGGCGCUGACCGCACGUCCACCAUAUGACCUCAGACCUGAUGACAUCACCACCCACCUGCACAAGCCUCGCACACGCCGGAAGGAAGUACAGGUCUCCGCCAGGGACGAGCCGAGUCAAAAGGCAAAGGUCCGGUCACCAGGAACCACCCACUGCAAGGAGAGGAACCAAAACAGCUUCGACCGCAGUGUCCUAAAGGGUUCUAAAGGGUUUUAAUGUGGUCUAAAGUGGUCUACAGAGUUCUAAAGCGGUUUAAUGUAGAACAGUUGACACCAGGAGAAUGCUGAGGGUACUUUAAACAGAACACUAACAAACACAACCUGCUUUUGAACCGGAGGUGUAGAGUUUAUACCAAAAGAUUCAAGUCUGAUCAAAAAUGGGGAAGGUUUGUAGAAGAAAGUUACUCGCAAGGAUGUGUAAAGGAGGGAUCUUCGAACAGAACUUUAAAAACAAAGGGAAGUACAAGAGGAAGUGACAUCAGGGAAGGAAGCAGGAAGUGGAGCGAGGAGGAGGUCGGUGCCGGAUUUGGACACUCAGCUCUCCGUAUGGGGUUCAGAUCAGGUUGAACCAAAGGAGACCUGCUUCACACAAGUCAGACAUACUACAAUAAAAGCCUGUUGUUUCGUCUUUAGUUAAAAAUUGUCAUCAUCUGCUGCAGGGCUGGCCGAGAAUGUUCCACAGUAUGGCAUUAAAGUAAGAGGUUUUAGAUGUUAUCCAUGCAUGUUUGAGUAAUCUACUGAUCUCUCUCGGGCCCUAUUAGAAUCCCUGGUUAGGUUAUGAGGCUGCAUAAGGUUCCGCCCAUGUCAUCCAUGCUCCUGCACAACAAUUCUUCAUAAAUAUACAACAACAUGCUGCGAAAAAAUUCCCAACAACUUGACAAACCUGAUGCGAUGUGCAGUAGUUGUAGCAUUAGCUGGAGGCAUCCUGAUUGAGUUGUCAUAGUGCUCUGAAGGGGGAGUGACUUCACACAGAGAAUAAAGGGAACGGGGACUUAUUUGUAGUAAAAGAACAUGUUUAAUUGAAUAGAAGUUUAAUGCCUUACUAUGGAAUAUUCCAGGCUAAGCAAUAGCAUCUCUAUGGAGACAAGCUGGUAGUAGUAGCAGUAAGGAUGGCUGUAUUUUGGUAUUUGCUAUCUGCAGCCUGCUAUUGCCAUUUAACUGGUCUGAGAAUCCACCCACUGACCUUCUAGCUGUGAGGUAUGGGAGCUAACCACUCUGCUGCUCUCACUCACACUAAGAUCCACUUUACAAAUGUGUUAUAUCGUCCAAUCAGAGCGGAGUAUCCAGACCGGCACCGACCAAUGGAAGGACAACGUUUAUCUCAAAGGAAACAGGAAGUGAGGAGCCAAUCAGAGGCCGGCCCUCUGCUCACGUGACACAAAAUGGCGUUGUGGAUUUGAGCGGUGCAUGAUCCGUAUUGGUUUGUCUUUAUUAACUUUAUUGUCCCUCGAACCCCAAAACACAACAGAGUUUUUACUUUGAUUUUGAUGUUACAAAAUGGAGCUCAACAGUCCCAUCCACUUCCAAAUCCUCUGUUUCAAAAGUAACUUUUCCAUUCAUUAACCAGCUACACAUCAAGUAUAUUGCGGGUGUUUUAAAACAGACCUAUUGUGCAAAGUCAGCCUUUCAGAGCUUUUAGCCAUGUUACAGUCGUUUCCUUCUCACUGACGCUAUGAAAUUGUAUUUAGAGUGAUUCAUGCAUAUUUGAGUAAUCUUUACUCUCCUGUAUUCAACAUGUCAUUGCUUCAAUCUACUCCUGUUGUCACCUCCACCGGUACACGGCCACUGGAUUCAGCAGCACCGCGUAGUCAUUUUGGUAGAAAUGGAAAAAAAAAAAACCUCUGCUCACUAGUGUGAUGUGUUAAAAUUAUAGGUAUUGUGGUCAUUAAUUACUAGCCAUUAGCCCUGAGCUUUCAAACAUUUACUAUUUGGGAAAAAUGAACAGGAAAUUUACUUCCGGAAUCACAGGGUGGGCAGUCACUGUUGAGCUCUGUAGAUACGCCUGAUUCAGGAUAAUAUCAGGUCGAAACUGGCCUCAGAAAUUAUCAUGCAAAAUUAUGAUGCACUUUCAGGAUUUGGAAAUGAUUUGCAAAUGUGACAACUUCUCAGUGAAACAGAAGUGAAAAUGGCUGAUAAUGGCACCAUCUGGAGGACAUACAGAAAAUUACCUAAUAUUACCUAAGGAACCAAAACUAAAUGGGUUGAACCAAAAAUCUAAACUAGGGAUGGGCUGAUACCUUUUUUUUGUUGUUGUUGUUUUGUUUUUUUUUGUUUUUUUUUUGAGCCGAUACCUAUAUCUGAUAUUUGGCCUGCUACUGUAGCUGAUAACCCACAUUCAAUAUAUUUCAAGUUUAAAAUCCACAGCAAAGCCCACACAUUUAUCUUAAGUUAAUUUGUGAUUGCUACUUUAACUUUUCACUUUUGUAAAAAUAAUAACCAAAUGUAUUUACUGGAGUAUUUGUUACAUGUUUGUGUGAAAAUACAGCCAUAUAACACUCAAUUUUGACUCAUUCAGAAAGGGCACACAGAGAGGGAAGUAAAAAACAAACAAAAAACCAGUAUUGAAUAUUAUCUGAUACGGGAACCAAUAUACCGCCCAUCCCUUCUCUAAACCAGGACUAAAAGAUUAACACAUAAGGUCCAUGAAGAGAGUGCCGAAGCUGCCAAAAUAAAGCAAUAAUGUUUUUUUUUUUUACAUUUGACGAAACAUUUUAUUUUUUUAGAGGGACGAGACUCGACCUGUUGCAUAUCUGUUAUUUAUUUGUGCUUUUUAGUGUUGAAUUAUAACUUUUAUUUUAUGGCUGGAAACCAUAUGAGCAUCUCAGUAUCUCUGUAACCUCUUUUUGAAUUUUAGUUUUGCUUAAUUUUACCAAAUGUGCCUCAGAUUUUACUGUUUUAUUUUGAAAUUUGUGGGAAUUUUGACAGUUUUUGUGUGAGAUGUGUAAGGCAGUAUUUUGAACAUUUUUGAGAAAAACAAUUUUAAGUUUAAGCAAGUAACCUCAAUAAUGUGUCAUUUAAUGUCUGAUGCAAAAACUAUAUGAAAACCAAGUCUAAACCAGGACUAAACCAGGUCUAAUCCAGGACUAAACCAGGUCUACUCCAGGUCUAAACCAUGGCCUGUUAUGCCUCAGAAGUGUAAAUAGUACAUUUUUCUUCAAACUUUAAACUCACAUUUGAAUUAUAAAAAAAAAAUCUCCAAAAACUGUGAUUUUUUUUUUCAUGUUUGUAAUUGUAGUUCUGUUUAACCUCAUCUUGCUGCGGUGUCAUUUUGGGAGUAGUAUUUCCCAGUUUUCGAUUUCUGUUUUUGUAAAAUGCAGUUACUUGUUUUGUUUUAUUUACCUAAAGAGCCUUGUAUUGACUGCAGGCCGACAAUAUUAAACUGACAAAUUAUUAUGUUUAAUAAAAAAAUCUGUUAAAAAAAGUUAUAAAAAUGAAAGAAAAAGUGAAAAGCGUAAAAAGGUGAAAUGUAAUUUAUAUUUUAUGACCUGCAUGAACAUUUAGAAUAAAGACGGCAGUGCCUGUG